AUGACGUCAUAGGGCUGCGCUCCUGCAUCUCUUGUGUUUCGGAUGAAGACAGGAAAAAAGUGUCCAGACUCAGAGAAAAAACUCCUGCUGAAUCAGCUGAGAUCCACGUGACAAACUAUUAUAAAGAUGGUGUUUAUUAAAGAGGAGAGUGAAGACAUGAAGAUUGAAGAAGCAUUCAGAGUCAAACAUGAAGAUACUGAGGAGCAAACAAAGAUGGUGUUUAUUAAAGAGGAGAGCGAAGACGUGAAGAUUGAAGAAGCAUUCAGAGUCAAACAUGAAGAUACUGAGGAACAAACAGACCUGAUGUCACUGAAAGAGGAGAGUCAAGAAUUGAAUGAAAUGGAAGAGAAGGAACUUGGUAGUUUUUUAACUGGAAAAAAACCCAUAAAGACCACAAAGACUUCCUCACGAAAAAGAGCCCAGAAGACCAAAUCUAACACCUGCCAUCAGUGUGGAAAGAGUUUUAUACAUAAACAAUCACUUAAGGCCCACAUGAGAAUUCAUACUGGAGAAAAGCCUUUCACCUGCCAACAGUGUGAAAAGAGCUUCAGUCACAAAGGGAACCUUAUGAACCAUAUGAGAAUCCACACUGGAGAGAAACCUUUUACCUGCCAACAGUGUGGAAAGAGCUUCAGUCAAAGCGGGCACCUCAUAAACCACAUGAGAAUUCAUACUGGAGAGAAGCCUUUCAUCUGCCAACAGUGUGGAAAAAUUUUCACUCAAAAGUGGAGCCUCAUAAAACACUUGAGAAUCCACACUGGAGAAAAGCCAUUCACAUGUGAUCAGUGUGGAAAGAGUUUCACACAUAAAGACACCCUAAAUGCUCACAGGAAGAGUCACUUUGGAGAGAACAGCUAUGUAUGUCAGCAGUGUGGAAAGAUUUUCAGUAAUAAAGUAAGCUUCAAGACUCACAUGAGAGUUCACACUGGAGAGAAGCCUUACACAUGCUCUCAGUGUGAGAAGAGUUUUGGAUAUAAACAAUCUCUUGAUUCCCACAUGAGAAUUCACACCGGAGAGAAACCCUACACAUGUCAACAGUGUGGAAAGAGCUUCUCACGAAAAGGAGACCUUAAGCUUCACAUGGUCGUUCACACCGGAGAGAAGCCGUUCACAUGUGAUCGGUGUGGAAAGAGUUUUGGACGUAAAGUAAACCUUAAUCAACAUGUGAAGAUGCACUUCUGGAAAGAUUUAGUUUUAGAGUUUUAGAUGUCUCUAUGGAAUCAUUUUCACACAGGAAAAACCUUCUGCAUCAUGUUAUAACUAGAGAGAAGUGUGCCAUCACUAGCUAUGUUUACCCAAAUAAUAAAUUAGUAACCUGAAAAGUCGUCAUGUAAACACAUCAGUCAGUCUAAGCUUGACCCAAAAUCAAUUUUGAUUGAAAAUAUAACAGUGAUUGAUUUUGUUGUGUACUCAAAUUAAUUCAGGUCUACACCCUGAAACACAAAAUACACAGUGUUGGUGUUAUUUUAACAGGUUUAUAAAAUAGCACUGCUGGUGUUAAAUCACAGUGUUUAAGAUUGUUUUUUUUAAUUAACCCAAACUGGUGUAAAUAACUGCAACUCCUCCAUGUAUUGCUCAUUGCAUCUGUGUUUAACAGAACCAUUAUUUUCUCUUACAAGAAGACAAUGAUGAAAGAUAAAGUAAAAUUGCUUUCAUAUGGACUUGCUUCAUGAAAACUGUGAGAGAAUGUAGAGUGAUUUUCAAGAGACUGGAAAAAAAAUACAAAAAAUAAAGUCAUGGUGGAAAGUACUUGAGUGGCAGUCUGUACAUUUUACAUUGGUUUAUAACCCACCAUUGAACAAAAGAAGGUUGACCAGUCGCAGCUCGUCUGUAAAGACUGAUUUAAAUUCGACACGUUCACUUGGGUGCGCACUGCAAAUAUGACGUCAUUGCGGUGUUCGCUUUGAGUGCACGCAACCUCAUUUCAGUUGGUGGUGUGCACAGCAUUUAAUUUUAAAAAACUUUUCGCGCUUUUCCACUUCCGAACAUGCACGUCUGUAUCGGCAUCAGGUGUUUUUUUAUGCUUUGAGGGAAAACAAUGAAUAGCUUUUUUUUUUUGCAUAGUUUGUCCAAGGCUUUUUGAUUGAAA